UGGUUCAUACUUUUGAUAUACGAAAACAUUAAUUAGUUCAUGAUUUAACCAAAAAAAAAAAAAAACUUGAAAAAACAGGAAAAAGAAUUAUGUGUUCAUUGCCCAAUGAGAGCUUCAGCAUUGAGCUGCAGCAGCUUGAUGCUGAUGAUGUUAGUGGGAGAAAACAGAGAACUGAGUGGCUGCUGAAUUCUCCAGCCCAACCUAGUUUUUGCAAUGAACUCAUCAACUCUGUUACUGAAACUGUUUUGCCACAAAAAAACUCAAAGCAAUAUGGAGGCGGAGCUGUCUUUUCAUUUUUGCAAGGCUUAUUUCCAAUCCUUAGUUGGGGAAGGAAUUAUAAAGCUAAUAUGUUCAAGCAUGACUUAUUGGCUGGCUUAACUCUUGCUAGUCUCUGUAUUCCUCAGAGUAUAGGAUAUGCUAAUCUUGCAAACCUUGCUCCUCAAUAUGGCUUAUACACUAGUGUUGUUCCACCAUUGAUAUAUGCUGUUAUGGGAAGUUCGCGAGAGCUGGCUAUUGGUCCUGUUGCUGUUGUAUCUCUACUGCUUUCUGCAAUGAUAACCGAAAUCGUAGAUCCUGCAGUUGAUCCUAUUGCUUAUACGAGCCUUGUUUUUACUGUCACUUUCUUUGCUGGUACAUUCCAAACUGCAUUUGGCCUAUUAAGAUUGGGUUUUCUUGUGGAUUUUCUUUCACAUGCUGCAAUAGUGGGAUUCAUGGGAGGUGCAGCUAUUGUAAUUGGUCUUCAACAAUUAAAGGGUCUCAUAGGAAUUAAUCAUUUUACUACAAAAACUGAUGUGAUGUCUGUAUUUAAAGCUGUUUUCACAUCAUUUCAUAACGAGACAUUGUCUCCUCUUAAUUUUGUACUUGGCUGUUCAUUCCUCAUCUUCAUCCUAGCAACCAGAUUUUUAGGAAAAAGGAAUAAGAAACUAUUUUGGCUACCAGCUAUUGCUCCUUUGUUAUCAGUGAUAUUAUCCACUUUAAUGGUUUAUUUAACAAAGGCUGAUCAACAUGGAGUCAAAAUUGUAAAACACUUUAAAGGGGGUUUGAAUCCAAGCUCAGUUCAUCAAUUACAGUUCAAUGGUCCACACCUUGGAGAAGUGGCGAAAAUUGGACUAAUAUGUGCUCUCGUGGCGCUAACUGAAGCCAUUGCUGUCGGCCGAUCUUUCGCUUCAAUGAAAGGCUAUCAUCUUGAUGGGAACAAAGAAAUGGUAGCCAUGGGUUUCAUGAACAUUGUGGGGUCUUUAUCUUCUUGCUAUACAGCAACUGGUUCAUUUUCAAGGACAGCUGUGAAUUUCAGUGCAGGAUGUGAAACUGUGGUGUCAAACAUAGUUAUGGCUAUCACAGUUUUCAUAUCCCUGGAAUUGCUAACUAAACUUUUAUACUACACUCCACUAGCUAUCCUUGCAUCGGUUAUCUUAUCCGCGCUUCCUGGAUUGAUUGACAUAAAUGAAGCUUAUCAUAUCUGGAAAGUGGACAAGAUGGACUUCCUUGUUUGCAUUGGUGCCUUCUUUGGAGUCCUGUUUGUAUCUGUCGAAAUUGGUCUUCUAGUCGCGGUUAGCAUAUCAUUUGCUAGAAUAAUACUGGACACAAUUCGAGCAAGUACAGAAGUGCAAGGAAGACUUCCUGGGACGACAGACACCUUCUGCGAUAUUACUCAAUAUCCAGGAGCCACUAGAACUUCAGGCAUCUUGAUCAUUCGAAUCAACUCUGGUUCACUUUGCUUUGCAAAUGCUACUUCCAUAAGAGAAAGGAUGCUGAAAUUGGUGACAGAAGCAAAUGGUAGUGAGGAGAACACAAAGGAAAAUGUUCAUUUUUUAGUUCUGGACAUGUCCAAUGUAAUGAGUUUGGAUACAUCAGGAAUAGCGGUGUUAGAAGAGCUGCACAGAGAACUGGUUUCACGAACCAUACAAUUAGCAAUAGGAAACCCAAGGUUAAGAGUCAUUAACAAAAUGAAGACAGCAAAAUGUUUCGAGAAACUAGGAAAAGGAUGGAUUUUCCUUACUAUUGGGGAUGCUAUAGAUGCCUGCUUGAGUCUCAAAAUAGCUGAUCCUAGCUCUAUCAAUUGUUGAAAUUUUAUGUUUUUCAAUUUUCAUGUUUCAUGUGUAUACAAAUCACAAAGCAUUAAGAGCAAAGAUAUGGAGCCUUGUGCAUUUCGUGAUA